ACAUGUACAUCAAACGCAUCCUUUACACAAUUUGUGUACCCUUUAUUGUAGGUUAUCUCUGACGCAGUAGGUUAUCUAUGUUCGUCACUAUUUUGGUUACGUUGGCUGCUUUUGAGUAGAACACGUAUUUGACCUAUAUUCAUAGGACAAUCACACGAGUAAUGUUCUUACUCCGAAUAUUUUAUUGUGGGUACUUUUAACCAUAGGUUUUGAUAACUUUUUAAAAAGAAAGUUAUUAAACGCUUAAAAUGCCCACGUUAUGAUAUUUCUGAACAAUUAUCGCUUGUGACCAGUCUCAGUCAGUGUGUGUUCGAGAAUGGAAAGUAAAUAUGUUCUAGCGCUGGAUGUUGGGACAACUACAGCUCGUUGUUUCCUUCUUGACCAGACCACCGCGGUAAUUGGAAGAGCAUCUCAUGAGAUUAAACACCAGUAUCCACAGAUUGGACAUGAUGAAAUUGAACCGGAGGAACUAUGGACCAAGGUUGUAAGUGUUCUCCGUGAAGCUGUAACCGUUGCAGGCAUAAAGCCACACCAGAUUGCAUGCAUAGGAAUAUCUACACAGCGUUCAACUUUCAUCACAUGGCACAGAGAAACUGGAAAGCCAUUUCACAAUUUCAUAACAUGGAAAGAUGUUCGAGCAGAUGGAUUGGUGCGACAGUGGAAUGAUUCUCUGAAAAUGAAGGGUCUCCGAAUGGGAGCCUUCUGCUGUCACGCUAUUUCAAGAAGCAACCGGUUCCUUGCUGGUAGCGUCUUGAAGCUUAUGAAUUCCCAGGUGACCCUUCGUCUUGUAUGGGUACUGGAGAAUGUUGAAGAGCUUCAGAAGGCCGUAAAGUGCCAUGAUGCCAUGUUCGGUACCAUAGACACGUGGCUCUUGUACAGGCUCACGGGUGGUAGGAUUCAUGUCACUGAUGUAUCCAAUGCAAGUGCAACUGGUUUCUAUGACCCCUUCACAAUGGAGUGGGCUAACUGGUGUCUCAGACUCUUCCACAUACCCUCUGACAUACUGCCAGAGGUAUGGGAUACUGCUGCUGACUUUGGAUGCAUCACCAGUGAUAUAGUGGGUGCUGCCAUUCCCAUCUGCAGUGUGGUGGCUGAUCAAGCAGGAUCUUUGUUUGGCUCUUGUUGCUUUGAAAAAGGUGAUGUCAAGAUCACCAUGGGAACAGGGACAUUCUUGAAUGUAAAUACAGGAUGCAAGCCCCAAGCCUCACUGGCAGGUCUGUACCCACAGAUUGGCUGGCGCCUAGGAGAUGAAAUUGUGUUUGUGAUGGAAGGUGCCUCACAUGACACUGGUUCUCUAAUCAAAUGGGCAGAGCAAAUAGGUUUGUUGUCUGACCCAUCUGACUCCUCUGACAUGGCAAAUUCAGUUCAGGACUCAAAUGGACUUUGCUUCAUACCUGCAUUUAGUGGAAUUCAGGCCCCAGUCAACAACUUCCAAGCUGCAGCUGGAUUCAUUGGCAUUAAACCCACAACAAACCGCCAGCACAUGGUGCGCGCCAUCUUGGAGAGUAUUGUGUUUCGAAUGCUGCAGCUAUACGAAGCUCUGCAGAGAGAAGUUAAAAAUAAAUAUACCAGCAUCAGAGUGGAUGGUGGCGUGUCUCAGAAUGACUUUGUGGUCCAGUUGCUAGCAGACCUCACAGGUUUGAAGGUGGAGAGGCCGGAAUCUUCCGAAAUGACUAUGUUGGGUGCUGCAUUCCUUGCUGGGCUUCAUGGAGGUGUAUGGCAGUCGAAAGAUGAGCUCCGAGUGCUGCGGAAGGUAGAUCGAGUGUUUGAGCCAAGAGGGCAUGUGUAUGAGGAGUAUGACAGCAUUUUUACACUGUGGAGCCAAGCACUUGACCGCUUCCUCAACUGGUAUGAUAUAUAAUACCAACAGAGUCUCACGAUUUGUGAGCAUCUCAUUCCAAACAUGACGCACUUGUUAAUCAAUGAUCUUGGCAUACAUUUCCUAAGAACUAUAUAGGAAUUCUAAAAUGAGUCAUAAUUUGUUCAUGCAGUUCCAUGAAAAGUUAUUUUACUGUAUAUACUUCGGUGCUUAACUAAGCACCAUGGUAUGCAAAUGUAUGGGGAGUGGAGGCAUAGCACUGUGCUAUCUUAACCUCAGGACUAGAAGGUGAGUGGUCAGCUUCAUGUACCAGCCACUUUACUUCCAAGGACGAACCUUGGUACUUUAUGGUUAUGAGGCUUAGUGGGCCCUA